UAGAUCAUAUAAACGAGAAUUGAUAAAUAUUGGUCAUUGUUACGUUUGGUGGACCUCGUGGGAGUAUUAAUAAACUACUUCGAAGUACCAGUUUGAACUGUUCACGUAAUGGCAAACUUCAUCUUCGGAAUUACCGCCUUAAUUGUUCUAAAUGUUCUAAUAGCUUCGUGCAAAGGCAAAUUAAGUCCACCACUCGACGGCGACAACUUGGUUUUCGUAAAUGGAUCCACAGCAAAAAUACAGUGGUCAGUCAGCGAUGGCUUAUCAGAAGAGCAGUUUCGUUAUUGGGCCUUUUCAAGCGGCGACGGGUCGGAAAAUGCUGUAGAACUAGCGAGAAUAGUUGAUGAUGGCGUUGUCGUGAAUCAAAACAGCCCGCUUGACUUUGAAAUAGAAAAGCCAGCGACGUUAGUGUUAAAAAACGUCAGUCAAAAUUAUAAUGGAGAGUUCAGAUUUAUACUUGUUACAUCUGAAGACUGUGGUCAGUCGGACGUGCUGGUUCGUAUUGCAGUUUUACCAACAGUGACUGUCAGCUGUUCCAGCCAGGUCAUUGCAAAAGAAGGUGAUAAUAUCACGUGUGUUUGUACGGAACAAGGCAGCAAUCCUCCAGCCACUCUGACUUGGUAUAAAGAUGGCAAACAGAUUACUGACCAACAAAAGGAAAGACAAACAUUGAGUCUCAGUAAUAUUGAAAGAGACGACAAUGGAACGUACAGAUGUGAAGCCAAACACCUCGUCAGUGAUGAAGAAGAAUCCAUAGAAAUAAUAGUUCAGUAUAAACCUACCAAUACUACCAUUACGAUUGAACCAGCAACAGUUUCAGUUGGUGGAACGGUUACCAUCACAUGCGAAUCCUAUGCUCACCCUGAACCAGUAUUUACCAUAGAGAAAAAUGGUACCAAUGUUGUCUUUACAAGCAAGGAACAUACCAUUCGUGAUGUGAACAAACGCGACGCAGCAACAUACAGAUGCGUAGCAGAGAAUAAACAUGGAAUGGACUCAAAAUCUGCUUCUUUGGCUCUUGCAGAUAGACAAAUUCAACCGGCCGCCGAAGACAAAGUUCGCAUGGUUUAUAUUAUUAUACCGUCAGUGAUAGGAGCACAAAUACGUCUACCACGUGAUGGCAACAGGCUGAUUUUCGUAAACGGAUCAACGGCCGAACUGGAGUGGUCGUUCGACGACAAUGUGACGAACGUGCGUUUUCGGUCUUGGUCGUUUACUAGCGGUAACGGCUCGAUGAAGGCCGUAGAACUAGCGACAAUAAUUGAUGACGGUACCGUCCAGAACAGAAGCAACGCGUUCGACUUCAAAAUAGAAAAGCCAGCGACUUUAGUUUUGAAUAACGUUAGUCAGAUUCAAAAUGGAACGUACAAAUUUAUACUCGUAACAUCUGAUGGAUGCGUGAAGCCAACGGUGACUGUCAGCUGUUCCAGCCAGGUCAUUGUAAAUGAAGGUGAUAAUUUCACGUGUGUUUGUACGGAACAAGGUAGCAAUCCUCCAGCCACUGUGAUUUGGUAUAAGAACAACAAAAAUAUUAGUGAGCAAGGAAAGGAGAGACAAGCUUUGAGUUUUCAUAAUGUCAUGAGAAAGGACGCUGGAACGUACGAAUGUGUAGCCAAAAGUCACUUAACUGACAGAAAAUCAAUCGAAAUAAUAGUUCAUUACAAGCCUAUCAUCACAGCGAUAACCAUUGCACCAAAGACAGCUAAAGUUGGUGAAUUGGUAAACAUCACGUGCGAAUUUGAUGGUCUUCCUGAACCAAAUAUAAAAAUAAAAAAAAGUGGUAGCGAUGUUGUCUUCACAAACAAGAUGCAUACUAUUAAAGAUGUGAAAAAGGAUGAUGCUGGAAUAUACGUUUGUGUUGCAACGAAUUCUAUUGGAAGUGAUUCAAAAUCUGCUACUUUGAUGGUAACAGCGCCAACCACAACCCCAACUACAGCAUCAGCAUAUCGUCCAAGAACAGAAUGGAACAUCGCUUUGCUGUCAUUGGUGGCAGUGGGAUUAUUCUCGUACUCUUAAUUGUAUCUUCUAUAACUGUAAUAUACCGCAGUGUACCGUAAUAUAUCUCAGUGUACCCUGUUCGUUAUAUAUGGCGGUGUGUCUAUAAUAAUUUGUUUUGAAAAAGAGAUAUAGGUAAUAGGUAUAAAAUAUAUAAUAUACAUGAAACCUUGAAAGUUCU